CAUAUAAAAGGCAGGCAAAUCUUUGUUAUUGUAUUUUUAUUUAAGAUCUCUUUUAUAAGAAAACAGUAUGAAGAUAUUUUCGGCAUUAUUUUUCGGAGCCGUUUUCGUGACUCAAACCUGGAGUUAUUCUGAAAUAGGAACCUUUACGAUGGGCCAAGGAUGUUUGUUGUGUACUGAGGAGUAUGAACCUAUUUGUGGCGCUAAUGGCGAAGGAAUUAGAAAAACUUUUGGAAACGAUUGUGAAUUGGUCGAGUGGAAUUGCCUCGUAGAAGAUGAUUAUAAGCACAUAAGUCAUGGGAUUUGUCCAGAAUCUGUCAAAUCUCGUGUACUGAAGGGAACAUGUACCAUUGUUUGUCCAGAUAGCAGCCACCCUUCUUGUCAAUGUCUAAAUUGAUUCAGAGGACAUUUUUGAAAAUGAUUACAACGCAGAACAAUAUUAUUGUGGAAACAUUAACAAAGAUUGUUUAAUUUCUAUUACUCGUGGAAUUUACAAUAUUUAAUAAACACUUAUUAUUUUGAA